AUGGCGGAUAGUCAUGGCCUGCAAGGCUCCGCCAAUACCAGAAGUAAUAGCCGUAUUUUGGCUGAGUCUUUAUCUCGUGUAGUGGAAUUGAAUGAAGAAAGUGGUUCUAUGAUGGAAUCUGACUUAUCGGAGUUGAAUACAUCGUGUGUAGACCGAGAUAUUGGCGAAGGUGUCGGAGGGGAUUUGGCUUCAAAAUCCGACGAGGCAUACGAGGAUUUUCUGAAGGCUAUUAAAGCUGGAAGUACUGAGGUAACAGAGAUAUUGAAAUACGUAAGCAUUAUAGAAAGAGAUAUUCUAGAUACCUCAACUGAGGAAGUUAAACAAAAACUAUUAAAGUACAGUUCGAUCAGUCUAAAUGGUAUCAGGACAGGUAUAAUUGAGCUUUGUAAACAUAAGUUUUCUCAAUUUCCAAAGAGUAAACCAUUCCGGCGAUUAAACAGACAGGGAGGGCGUCCUGCAACCGAGAAAUUAGCAACGGAUAUACUUAAUCUGGUGAAAUUUUGUAGUUCAGGCGAGGUGACAAGUGAAAUAAAUGAUAUAUUUCCGAAACCGCCAUCUCAGGGUGUACAAUCUUUCUUGAAUGUUAUGGCCGAAAAUGCAGAUGAAUUUCAAAACUUAAUUAAUCCUAAGUGCAGCCAAGACGAACGAGAGCGAUUCUCGUCGCUUUUAGAAAAGCUAGACGAGAAUUAUUAUCAACUAAAAGACGAUUUUGAUCAGGCUAUGAUAAGCAUGAAGCAGGAAAUUACUGAUUUAAAAAAAAAUAUGUGCGAUAAAGAAGUUAAAAUUUCGACUUUAAAGGAACAGUGCGCCGAGUUGAAAGCAAGCAUUUCCGAAAGGGACACUAAAAUCUGCUCACUAGAGUCCGAAAUAGCUACUUUUAAAGCAAAUUAUAAACUGGAAAAACAGAUCGUGACUGACAAUUUAAUGAGUCAGAAUUUGAAAUUGGCAGAUAAGCAUGAAACUUUGGCCAAACUUGAGGAAAAAUCUAACAAAUGUUUUAAAGAAAUCGAAAAGCUAAAAAAACAACUAUCUACAAACAAAAGGUUAUAUGAGCCAGAAAACACAGGAGAUUCGAGUCAUACAUUGUUUACCAUUAAUGAGCAUUCGCCUAAUUCGUGGGCGAAGCAGGGAAACAAAGAAAGCCAAUCUUCCGUAUCAAAUGCAAAACCAAAUGCGAAUACUGAUCAAAGUAACAAGCCCCUCGUCAACACAGAACAAAACAUUAACCCGGGCAAUCAAUCAGAACAGUCAAUAAUUCAAAAUAAGGAAACAAAUGACAAAGCCAAUGCAGAAACUCCUGCAAUAGACAAAACCGCUACUGGGGUUAAUUUAAACGAAAAUGAGAGUUCAGAUUUCGUCGGGGUACAAAGAAAAAAAAUAAAACGGCUAUAUCUCGGAGGCGUGCGUCUGGGCACAACCAUAGAAAAAAUUAAAGAAUACAUGAAGCAAAAAGGCAUUUCGCCAACGUUUAUUCGAAUUUUUAACAGCAAAAGAAAAGGCACAAUUGCUGUCCGAGUUAACGUUAACGAGGAAGAUUUUGAUUGUGUAUGUAACAAUGACUUUUGGCCAAAUCAUGUCUAUGCUAGGCAGUGGAUGUCAAAACAAAGUUGGGAAAAAAGAGGUUUAUUACAUAACCAAAAUACGAGCCAACAAAACUAAAUUUGGGUUGCUGGAAUUGCGGUGGAAUAUAUGGCAAUUUUAUUUAUGCAAGAAAACUCUUGCAGAAAUUAGACGUGUUAGCUUUAAGUGAACAUUGGCUGUACAAAGAUGAAUUGUCAUUUCUAGACAGUCUCAAUGAUAAUUUUAGUGUUAUUUCGUGUACAAGUUCGGAUAAUAACAUCAGGGAAAGGUGGAAAAGAGGUCAAGGUGGCGUUGCUUUGUUCUUAAAGAAAAACCUUAAAGUCCGAGAAAUACAAACAGUGUCUGAUCGAUUGGCAUCAGUGUCAUUGAAGAUUGAGAAUAUUAAUUUUGUUAUUGUAGCAGUAUAUUUGCCUUCAAGAAACAAUGAUCUAAAAGAAUACAUGAAAACUUUAGAUACAUUGGAACAGUUUUGCGUACGUCACAAGUCAUGCGGAACAAAGUUGUUACUGCUAGGUGAUUUUAAUGCACACAUCAAGGAAGAUAAGCUAAGCCAAGAUUGGAAUAAUAGAGGCAAAAGAUUACAAACAUUUCUGAGUAAAAUGAACCUGGUCGCAGUUAAUUUGUCUCCAUGGUGCGAGAACCCCCAGUUUACAUACCUCUCAAAUACGGGAAAUUCCAUCGUAGACUACAUUUUUGUCGGAAACGACGUAAUCGAGUAUGUUGACUUAGUGCAAGUACUUGAAGAGCACCCAGACAACAUAGCAUUUCAUUUACCAGUAACUAUUAGUAUAAAUUUACACUCGGAUGUGACGAAAGAAGAAACCAGCAAUGAUAACAUGAGUUAUUUAUUUGAAAAGAUAUCGUGGAAAAGCUGCACUACGGAACAACUUCAAAGCUACAAUCAAAAACUGGUUAACUCGGCAACUGAUCUGCUGAGCAAAGAUUUUUCGGACAUUAACAAUUUUUAUGAAGAGCUGAGUAAUUUAAUAAAUAGUGCGGCAAUGGUCCUACCACGGGUUCAAUAUAAGAAACAUAUAAAACCGUACUGGAAUAACUGUCUUAAAGAAGCGAAACGUUCCGUUAUGGCUGCGAGGGCAAAAUGGAAAAAAGAGGGAUCCCCGAGGGCCUCAGAAAACGUUUAUUAUAGACAAUAUAAGAAAGCUAAGACUGCAUAUAGGAAGGCACAACGUAGAGCUGUUUGGGAAUACGAAAGAAAAGAAUUCGAUGACAUAGCCAAUUCUAUAGAGUUAGAUCACGAGACGUUUUGGAAACUGAUUAAAACCAAAGUACGUAGGAAAAAGAAAAAACAAAAGGUGGUGGCUUUAGAGGUGGACAAUGCUGUGCUUACGAACCCCCAAGUAGUUGCAGAUCUCUGGGCAAACUAUUACGAGAAGUUAGCUACCCCUCCGGAACAUGUGGACCAAGAAGAGAUGAAAAGUAAAGUUGAUGAAAUUUUAAAGAACUCGGAGGGCAUGUAUGACUAUACAUUUAAUUCUUCUAUAACAGCGGAGGAAAUCACUUCAGUAAUUAAUACUCUUCCUAAGGGAAAAUCACCCGGUAUAGAUGGAAUUACAUAUGAACAUAUUAAAUAUAGAGGUGAAAUUAUCGUAGAACUGCUACUGAAAUUGUUUGGUUAUAUUAUCGAGCUUGAAGAGAUUCCAAAGUCCUUCAAAAUGGCGAUUAAGAUCCCUAUUCCUAAAGGCAAUAAAACUUCACGAACUUUUGACGAUCACAGAGGAAUCAGUUUGUUGCCUUGCAUAAAUAAAAUGCUUGAGAGAAUUGUAUUAUCACGACUGCAGAAGGAAGAAAAGUACUCUCACCAACCUCUUCAGGGUGGUUACCAAAGAGAACAGGACGCCCUAACAACGUGUUUCGUCAUCGAUGAAGUAGUAAAUCAUUGUCGCGAAGAAAAAGAAAAAGUUUACGUAGCGUAUAUGGAUAUUACAAAAGCGUUUGAUACUAUGUGGAUUGAGGCAAUGUUAUUUAAACUGCACUACAACAAAGGAAUUGCGGGAAAAACAUGGAGGCUUAUUAAAAACUGGUAUAUAGACAUGAAAGAGUUCGUGUUUAUCGGAGGAAAAGUAUCACGUACUUACAAUCUUUAUCAGGGUACACGUCAAGGGGGAGUGCUAUCACCUUGGCUCUUCCUUGUUUUUAUUGACGAUCUAAUUGAGGAGUUAAAAAACACUAAAGCAGGAAUUUUCCUAGGUUCACUAUAUUUUGGCUCACCCAUGUUUGCAGAUGAUUUAACAAUGUUAUCGCGCCUGAAAUCCGGGUUAGACAGGAUGCUAAAGACUGCAUGGGAAUACAGCCAAAAAUGGAGAUUUAAUUUUAGUGUUACGAAAACAGUUAUAUUAAUAUUUGGAGAGAGCCAGCAAGAACACGAAGCAAACAAUAGGUCGAGAGCUUGGAAACUUGGUUCCCAGAUUUUAUCUGAAAAGGGGUCGUGGUCAAAUCUCGGAAAACUUUGGCUUGCAAAUAGAGACAGUAAGGAAAUCGUUUCAAAAGCAACAUGUGCGGGUAGAGAAGUCUGUUUUAUGUUGAUGGCUGUUGGUACUCGCUACGGAGGAUUAAAUCCUAUGACUAUUAUUAACCGGAUUUGUGCCAGACAUUGUUGAAAUUCUCGCAAAGUACGACCUUUUGCAAGUUUUAAUCACUUAUAUUCUCACAAAUGAUUUCCCUAUAAAAACUCUGUGGAAAAAGACUGUCAAUAAACAUGUUCGAGAGCAAUAUGAUCGUGUUUGGCGAGAAAAGAUUAGUAAGAACAAUCAACUAUAUCUCUACUCUAAGGUUCAUACAAAGAAUGAAGUUUCUCAUUGGUGGAUAAUAGCAAGAAAGAAUCCAUCCUUCAUGAAGGAGAUUAAUAACGUCAUAAGACUAAUUUGUGGCUCAUACAAGGUCAGGGGGAAGCGUGUGGAUCAUCCUAAUACGUACAUUGACUAUUGUGACUCAUGCAGUCGUAACUAUUUAAAUCCUGUUAAUCAUGCUCUGCUUUAUUGCUUAGGUUCGCAAAACGAGCGUAAACUAUUGUGGGACUGGGUAAACGAUAAUCUUCCUUUAGAGGUUGCUGUUUAUUUAGCAACAUUAUCGGACACGGAUUUUAUGCUUACUCUUUUAGGCUUACAAUCAGAAACUUUAUGCUUAGAUAUGGAACUGUGGACGUUAUAUUUGUUGCAAUCUGCAUGUUAUAUUUCAUCUUGUUUUCAAACUAGUGUAAUUUCAAUUUAAGUAGUUAGUUAAUUAGUUAGUCAGCUUUAUUUGUAUGUAUAAGUAUGUAUGUGUGUGUAUAUGUGUAUUGAUAUAUACUUUCUUGUAAAAUACUCUUCAGAAAUUGGAGGUAAUAAAGAUUUUAAACUCACUCACUCACUGACCGACCGACCGACCGACUGACUGACUGACUGACUCGUGUGAAUUUGCCAGCCAUCACAAUAGUGUGAAGUGUAACUUCACACUAAAAAGGGACCACUCAAAAUGCAAUCCAUCUAAUUUCGACAAAUUACCCUAGAGCCAGUUAUGUGGAAAGUUCUGACCUCAUUGCUAAGGAAUCAGUCGUUCGUGAGUUACAAACAUAUUAGGGACCUUUAGUUAGCAGGACGGCGACGGCUAUUAACACAAUGAAAUUUAUGACAGUGUAGAAAGAAAAUGCAUAGUUAAAGGUCCCUUGGGAGUUUUAGACGUCGUCUUUGCUCUGUUUACAACAGCAAAACAAAGAUUUUCACGUUUUGUAUACAACGUCUGCCUUUCAAGCCGCGAGAAGUCGUCCUCGCCAAAUUGGCUUAGUAUAGAAGUCUUCUCAACUAUAAACCUCUUAACUUAAAUUGCAAUAAAUUCAUACAACGGAUGAUACAAAACAUGUUGAUCUUAAAGUUACUAAUUUGAACGAGUUUGUGUUGGCCGUCGUCGUCGCGUUGCCGUCACCUAUUUGCUAAAGGUCCCUUUAGAAACCAACAACCGGAAGGGCUUUUGGCGAGGUACAAUGGAACAUACCGAACUUUUAAGUUACCGGCUGAACCAUGCCCGCAACAAACUCAGAGAUCCCAAGGGUAGUGCAAAGUUGAUAUGACAAAUGAUAAUUAAGAUUUAUGUUGAUUCGCAUAAUGAUUAAUGUAUGAACUGAUGAUGGAUCUAUAAGGAUGAUAAAAACCAACCCCUAUUCUUUUUGAAGCCGACGAGAACGGUCAGUGGCCAUCGGGCUUGGAAGUAUCAGAUACAUUGCUUACGGUGAAGGGGGGCAAAUCUAGUAGAGUUGAAAUUGAAGUACGCAAUACGACAAGGCAUAAUAUUCAGCUUAGGGGUCGUACAGUUCUUGGUCGCCUCCAACUUGUUCAGUCAGUGGUCCCGAUAGAUGUCAAAUUAAAGGACAAUCCAUGUGACACUGUACUAUCCGAUAAAAACAGUGAAUCACGUGCUUGCAAGAGCAGCACAAUACAAGAUAAUUCACCAGUGAAUUUACCAGAACACCUGAAAGAUUUAGAUCUAGGCGGCUUGACGGAGGAACAGAGAAACCUGGCGUCAAAACUGCUGGUUGAACAAGCUGAUGCGUUUGCUAAGGACGAUGAUGACGUUGGUCAUAUCCCUAAUCUGCAAAUGAACAUUCGGCUGAAUGAUACUAAACCUGUCCAAAAGAACUACGUUGCCGUGCCUCGACCUCUCUACCCGGAGGUGAAGGCAUACAUUGAAGACCUCCUAAAUCGAAAUUUUAUUCGUAAGUCCAAUUCACCAUACAGCUCACCCGUAGUUUGUGUGAGGAAAAAAGACCAAACUUUAAGACUGUGUGUUGAUUAUCGCGAACUGAACAGGAAAACGCAGAUAGAUCGUCACCCCAUCCCGAGAAUUCAGGAAACUCUUGACAAUCUUGGAGGGAAUUCUUGGUUCUCCGUACUUGACCAAGGGAAAGCUUACCACCAAGGAUUUCUGAAACCCGAAAGUCAACCCCUCACAGCAUUCAUCACACCUUGGGGAUUGUACGAGUGUGUCCGCAUCCCACUUGGCCUUUCCAACGCCCCAGCUUCUUUUCAGCGUUUUAUGGAGUCGUGUUUAGGUGACCUCCGAGAUGAAAUCUGUAUUCCAUACCUUGAUGAUAUCAUAGUUUUCAGUUCUAAUUUUAACGACCAUAUUGAACACUUACGAAAAGUCUUUCAAUGUCUUAAGGAACAUGGUGUUAAAUUAAAACCCAAAAAGUGCAAUAUGUUUAAGAGAGAAGUUGUUUUCAUGGGGCGAGUAGUCUCUGGCGAAGGGUACAAACUUGACCCCUCAACUAUUGCCCCAAUUCUACGCCUCAAAGAUACACCACCUAAGACAGUGAACGAAGUUCGAAAGUUAAUGGGAUUUUUGAACUAUUAUCAGCGGUAUAUUGCCAAUUUCUCAAGGAUUGCCAAGCCGAUUUACGAUCUCGUGAAGGUGUCGGAAAAUGACUUGAAGAACAAGCGUGGUAAACCAGUGGCUAACCAUCCAGUUUCGGGGACGUCGACUCAUCAAUCGGUGUUGGAAGAAUUUAUUGAAUGUCUUGUGAGUGCUCCAGUCAUGGCAUAUCCAGACCCUCACAGCCCAUAUGUCCUUCACACGGAUGGAUCAGAGAAUGGACUAGGAGCAGUACUUUACCAAGAGCAGGAUGAUGUCUUACGUGUUAUUGCUUACG